AUGGUUUCCUCGUCUCCUUCUUCCAGAAAAAUCCGCAAGAGUAGUAAACGAACGACGAUUCCGUUUAAUAACCUUCCCGACGAUCUCGUUCUCAUGGAGGUCAUAAGCCGCGUUGCUGUUUCAUCGCUCGCCGACGUCUGCAGCCUCAAACUCGUCUCGAAAUCACUGCACAACCUUUCUAACGACGCCCACGUUUUCCAGAACGUGUCCAUCGACGAGAUUCCGUUGAACUCGUGGAAACAAAACCCAAGAAUAUCGAGUUUUCUCCAGAAUUGUAGGAACAACGGAAACCGCGAGGCCUUGUUUCGCAGAGGUAUCGUAAACUACUUCGGCUGGAGACGCAGCACGAGCGAGGGGUUCGAAUGCUUAGUCAGAGCCGCGGCGAAAAAACACAGAGAAGCAAUGUACAUCCACGGUAUGAUCUUGGUUUGCUCCGGAAGCGAAACAAAGCACAAGGGGCUCGAGAUUCUAUCUCCGCUCGUGAAAUCUUCGAUGACGAAGACGAUAGAAAACCUCGAAGGCUGUCGAGAGAGGAUCGAAAACCAUAUACGAGGUAGAUGGACCGAUCAGUCGUUGAUCAAGCAAAUUCAAAGAUCAUAUAACCGUGAUAUAUGCACGUGCGACGGUCACACUAAAGCCUUUUUGGUUAGGAAUACUAUUUGGAAUAGAUACGGUGAAGACAAGGAUCAAAAUUUUCCCAUAUGCCAAAAUUGUCUUUGGUCAUACGAGGUUGAUCGGUUUCUUAGUAUAUUAGAAAGCUCGGCCAAGUGUUAA